GGAGCCGUUGUGUCCGCUACCUCCGGCACUCACGCUUGUUGGUGCCCUCUGAUUUUCUUUACCUUUGCUAAUGCUCUGAGUGGGAUGGAUGCCCAUGAGGUGAAGAUAAGGAGCGCUAACUGGGUGACUGAAUAGAUGACUGGUUGGCUGCUUCGCCACUCUUAGCUCAGGUUUCACUCCCCUUCUCACAGAGGAGCGACAGAAAGGUGGGAGAGAAAGUGAACAUGGCUGUUGAAGAAGGGGUUGUCUUCCUAACACAAUCUGACAGCAAUGCCAGUUACCUGCGAGCUGCCCGAGCAGGAAACCUAGAAAAAGUCCUUGACUACCUCAAGUCUGGAGUUGAGAUUAACAUUUGCAAUCAGAAUGGCCUGAACGCUCUACAUCUAGCCUCGAAGGAGGGGCAUGUGGAGGUCGUUGCGGAGCUGCUGAAGCUGGAAGCAGAUGUGGAUUCAGCCACAAAGAAAGGAAACACUGCUCUGCACAUCGCCUCGCUGGCCGGACAAACGGAAGUCGUCAAAGAGCUGGUCACAAAUGGAGCCAAUGUCAACGCACAAUCACAGAAUGGCUUCACUCCUCUGUACAUGGCCUCCCAGGAGAAUCACCUGGAGGUGGUACGGUUCCUUUUGGAGCACAGCGCCAGCCAGAGUAUGGCCACUGAGGAUGGCUUCACUCCUCUGGCGGUGGCCCUUCAGCAGGGCCAUGACCAGGUGGUCUCCUUGCUGCUGGAGAACGAUACAAAGGGCAAGGUACGCCUACCUGCCCUGCACAUCGCUGCCCGCAAGGAUGACACCAAGGCCGCGGCCCUGCUCCUGCAGAAUGACCACAACGCAGACGUCGAGUCCAAGAGUGGUUUCACCCCCCUCCACAUCGCGGCUCACUAUGGCAACAUCAACGUGGCCACGCUGCUGCUUAACAGAGGAGCUGCUGUGGACUUCAUGGCGCGGAAUGACAUCACACCGCUUCAUGUGGCUUCAAAAAGGGGCAACAGCAACAUGGUCAAGUUGUUGCUGGACAGAGGGUCCAAAAUUGAUGCAAAGACCAAGGAUGGUCUGACACCUCUUCACUGUGGGGCGAGGAGUGGGCAUGAGCAAGUGGUAGAAAUCCUACUAGACCGAGGAGCUCCUUUCCUGUCCAAGACCAAGAACGGGCUAUCGCCGCUCCACAUGGCCACUCAGGGGGACCACCUGAACUGCGUCCAGCUACUGCUCCAGCACGACGUGCCGGUGGACGACGUCACCAACGACUACCUGACGGCGCUGCAUGUCGCUGCCCACUGUGGUCACUACAAGGUGGCCAAGCUCAUCGUAGACAAGAAGGCCAACCCAAACGCCAAAGCUCUGAACGGUUUCACUCCGCUUCACAUCGCCUGCAAGAAGAACCGAGUGAAAGUGAUGGAGCUGUUGCUGAAACAUGGAGCAUCUAUCCAGGCUGUCACUGAGUCUGGCCUGACGCCCAUCCACGUGGCCGCCUUCAUGGGCCAUGAGAACAUUGUCAAUGCACUGACAAACCACGGAGCCUCGCCUAACACCACCAACGUCCGAGGAGAGACGUCUCUCCACAUGGCAGCCAGGGCAGGUCAGGCAGACGUGGUCGGAUACCUGCUCAAGAACAGAGCCAAUGUGGACACGAAGUCCAAGGACGACCAGACAGCGUUGCACAUCUCCAGUCGGCUGGGGAAAGUCGACAUUGUCCAACAGCUGCUGCAGUGCGGCGCCUCUGCCAAUGCCGCCACCACCUCAGGCUACACCCCCCUUCACCUGGCUGCCCGCGAAGGACACCAAGACGUCGCCGUGAUGCUGCUGGAGAACGGAGCCUCUCUCUCCUCCUCGACGAAGAAAGGCUUCAGUCCGCUGCAUGUGGCAGCAAAGUACGGCAAGAUGGAGGUGGCCAGUCUCCUCCUCCAGAAGAGAGCUGCGCCUGAUGCUGCUGGAAAGAGUGGGCUAACUCCACUGCAUGUAGCCGCUCACUACGAUAAUCAGAGAGUGGCGCUGCUGCUGCUGGAUCAGGGAGCUUCCCCACACGCUGCCGCCAAGAAUGGCUACACGCCGCUCCACAUCGCUGCCAAGAAGAACCAAAUGGACAUCGGGACCACGCUGCUGGAGUACGGCGCCGACACCAACGCAGUCACGCGGCAAGGCAUCAGCCCCAUUCACCUCGCAGCACAGGAGGGCAGCGUGGACCUGGUGUCCCUGCUGCUCACCAAGAACGCCAACGUCAACAUGUGCAAUAAGAGCGGACUGACGCCACUCCACUUUGCAGCACAGGAAGACAAGGUCAAGGUGGCCGAAGUCCUUCUCAACCACGGCGCUGAUGUCGACCCACAAACAAAGAUGGGUUACACUCCGCUGCACGUGGCCUGUCACUAUGGCAACGCAAAGAUGGCAAACUUCCUGCUGCAGAACCAUGCCAGCGCCAAUGGCAAAAGCAAGAACGGGUACACUCCUCUCCACCAAGCGGCUCAGCAGGGCCACACCCACGUCAUUAACCUGCUGCUUCAGCGCGGGGCCCUGGCCAACGAGCUCACUGUGAAUGGGAACACUGCCCUAUCAAUCGCCCGUCGCCUUGGAUACAUCUCUGUGGUGGACACUCUGAGGCCUGUGACGGAUGAAAGCCUGACCACCAUGAGUGCAUCGGAAAAACACAAAACCAACGUUCCAGAGACCAUGAAUGAGUUCCUCGACAUGUCUGACGAUGAAGGUGAGGAUGCAUUGACCGGGGACACGGACAAAUACCUGCGGCCUCAGGACCUCAAAGAGCUGGGGGAUGACUCCCUCCCCCAGGAGGGGUACAUGGGUUUCAGCAUAGGAGCCCGCUCAGCCAGCCUCCACUCCUUCAGUUCGGAUAGGUCCAACACGCUCAACCGGAGCUCCUAUGCACGGGACAGUAUGAUGAUCGAAGAGAUUCUGGCGCCCACGAAGGACACGCACCUGGCUGUGACCGGAGACUACAGCUCCGAGUGUGUGCGUCGCUACAGCUGGACUCCGGACACCAUGGACCACAGCCACAACACUGUGGCCAGUCCCAUUCACUCCGGCCUCUCCUCCCCGCUCCCUCAGUAUGACUCCAGGUUCUUGGUCAGCUUCAUGGUUGAUGCCCGCGGCGGCUCCAUGAGAGGCAGCCGCCACAACGGCAUGCGCAUCAUCAUCCCUCCUCGGAAGUGCACGGCGCCCACGCGCAUCACCUGUCGGCUGGCCAAAAGGCACAAGCUGGCCUACCCCCCGCCCAUGGUGGAGGGAGAGGGGCUGGUGAGCCGGCUGGUGGAAGUCGGACCAGCUGGUGCUCAGUUUCUCGGUCCGGUGAUUGUGGAGAUCCCUCAUUUUGGGUCCAUGCGGGGGAAAGAGAGGGAGCUGAUUGUGUUGAGGAGUGACAAUGGUGACACGUGGAAGGAGCACCAGUCUGACGCCAGACCCCAAGACCUCUUUGAGCUGCUUACGGGAAUGGACGAAGAGCUGGACAGUCCUGCCGAAUUGGAGAAGAAGCGCAUUUGCCGCAUCGUCACCACCGAUUUCCCUCAGUAUUUUGCCGUGGUGUCGCGGAUCAAGCAGGAGUCCAGCCACAUGGGCCCUGACGGAGGCCUGCUGUCCAGCAGCACCGUGCCCAUGGUCCAGGCCUCGUUCCCACAGGGGGCGCUCACCAAGAAGAUCCGUGUGGGCCUGCAGGCCCAGCCGGUGCCAGACGACGUGGCGAGGGCGGUCCUUGGCAACAGAGCCACCUUCAGCCCCAUCGUCACUGUUGAGCCAAGGAGGAGGAAGUUCCACAAACCGAUCACGAUGACGAUCCCUGUCCCGCCUCGAUCGGCAGAAGGCCAUCCCGUCGGCCAGCGGGGCGACGCUGUACCCUGCCUGCGGCUGCUCUGCAGCAUCACAGGAGGGACGUCCCCGGCCCAGUGGGAGGACAUCACAGGGACCACACCGCUGUCCUUUGUCACCGAUUGCGUCUCCUUCACCACGAAUGUGUCGGCCAGGUUCUGGCUCGCAGACUGUCACCAGAUUCCUGAGAUGGUGAGUCUAGCGUCUCAGUUAUACCGGGAGCUGAUCUGCGUGCCGUACCUGGCCAAGUUUGUGGUGUUCGCCAAGAUGAACGACGUCAUUGAGGCUCGCCUGCGCUGCUUCUGCAUGACUGACGACAAAGUGGACAAGACCCUCGAGCAGCAGGAGAACUUUGAGGAAGUGGCCCGGAGCAAAGAUAUCGAGGUUCUCGAGGGCAAGCCCAUCCACGUGGAUUGCUAUGGCAACCUGUCCCCUCUCACCAAAAGUGGGCAACAGCUGGUUUUUAACUUCUUCUCCUUCAAGGAAAACAGGCUUCCUUUCAACGUAAAGAUCAGAGAUAUGGGCCAGGAGCCGUGUGGCCGCCUCUCCUUCCUGAGAGAGCCCAAAUCCAUGAAAGGCCUUCCACAGACUGCCAUAUGCAAUUUGAAUAUCACACUGCCAACUCACAAGAAGGAUAUGGAGUCUGAUCCUGAUGAUGAGACCGAAAAGCCAGAACGACGUCAUACCUUUGCCUCCUUAGCUUUGCGUAAGCGCUACAGCUAUUUGACCGACCCAGCAGCGAGUCCCCAGAGUCCUUGUGAACGAACAGACUUGCGAAUGGCUAUCGUUGCAGAUCACCUGGGACUCAGUUGGACAGAGUUGGCUCGGGAGAUGAACUUCACAGUGGAUGAGAUCAACCACGUCAGGCUUGAGAACCCCAAUUCUCUGACAGCCCAGAGCUUCAUGUUACUUAAGAAAUGGGUCAAUCGGGAAGGAAAGAACGCCACAACGGAUGCCUUAACUUCAGUGCUGACCAAAGUCAAUCGGAUGGAUAUUGUGACUUUACUGGAGGGCCCAAUAUUUGACUAUGGUAACAUUUCAGGCACGAGAUGUUUUGCCGAUGAUAACGCUGUUUUCCGGGAUCAGGCUGAUGAUUAUCAAAGCAUUCUAGCGGAGCUGCAGUCCCCCGCCACACUGCACUCUGACCCCAACUUCUUGGAGCCCGAACUCCCCGUCACCCCCAACCCUUCCCUUGCCCAUCACCAACACCACCACCACCAUGACCCAGAACCAGACACACCUUUGCCGGCUUGCUCCCAGCCUCAGUCCCUGCCCUGGAGCCCAGAGAUAGAGUCAGACAGCCCCCCUAGGAGCCCCCCCAGACCCUGUGAACUGGCCCUGCCUGCUCCAGUCUUUGUACUCCCUAAUCCUGUUCCUCCCAAGGUCAUAAAGCCCCACAUCGCUCUGAACGGCCAGCUGCUUUUGAGCGAGGAGGAGGACAGGUAUUGUCAAGAAAUGGAGUUCAGCCACAAGCCCAAGUCACACUCCCUCCCUGCAAUGUGUGAGUUAGACAUCGACAUGGCUUACUCCACAUCUUCCCCUUCACUCUCAUCAGUGUCAUCAAUAACCCCGUCAUCGCCCGACAGACCACAAAUGAGAGAUGGAGUGCAGAUGGAUUCCCCCGAUGUAAUACAGGAGGAUUUAUGUUUCAAAGCAAGUGAAAAGGAAGUGACAGUGGACAUAGAAAAGGUUGUUAAGAUGUUUGCAGCCAAAUUAGCGGAGGGAAAUGGAUUUGUGGAAAAGUGGGUCGAACAGGACUUAAUUAAAAACGUGGAAAGAAAAUGUGAGAUGAUAACAAAAGAUCGGUCUAAACUGGAGAAUAACAUUUUGAAGGAACAGAAGGAGGGAUUUGCAGAGGAAGAGAUGGAUGUAAUAAGUCAUGGGAACACAGGUACCACCUCGGAGGUGGAGGAGCAUCAACAUCUCAUAGAAACUGGGCAUGAGGUGGGAAAAGGUUGUACUUCAUUAGAGGCAGAGGCUGUAAAUGAAACGGCUGAGGUCCAAAACGUUGAUGGGGGCAGUGGGGAAAGGGUCUACCAGGAAGACACAGAUGAACAACUGCAGUUUAAAGAUGAAGACGGCUUGUGUGGCAGUGAAAGAGAUAUGUGUGGGACAACAGAAGGGGACCAGACACCCAAGGAACAAACCGUUCAGGCCUGGGUUGAGGCACUUGGGGAGCGUCAGCCCAGUGAGUCUGAAUCCAACGAAGAGGAGGGAAACAGAGAAACACAAGAGGCAUAUCAAGAGGAGGUGGAGAAAGAAGAAGGCUCGGAGGAGAAAGAGGAGAACAGAGAGAUGACCAAGGCCAGUGUUCAGGAGACUCUUGUUCAGGUUGAACAAGCAGAAAAAGAAGUGUGUUCACUUUCAGGUUGGCACAGUGAAUCACCCAGCGUCAAUGUGGAACCACAGACGCCAGGCCGGAGUGUCAGCUCAGAACUGCUCGACAGGCGGGAAAGCCAAGAGAACUCCAGUGACUCCGUCACUUCCUCGUCUCGAGCCGAAUCGGGGAGGUCCCGACAGAAUGGCAACGGCUCAAAGCACUCACCUCAGGACCGCUCGUCGGACUCAUCGAGUGGCAGAAAGGAAGAGGGAGCACUUGUGUCGGAGAAAAAAGUCCAGCAGUUCAGUGUAGAUUCCAGUUCACAGGAAGAACAGACUGUAACCACCAGAAUCUUCACACGCCGUCUCAUUUUUAAGGGAGAACAAGCAAAGAAUAUCUCAGGCGAUUCUGUGACCGAGGAACACUAUAUGGACCACGAUGGUAACCUCAUCAGUAGAAAAGUAAUCAGGAAGGUUAUUCGGCGGGUUUCUACUCACACACCAGAAAACCAAGGAGGUGACAGGUGGCACCGAGGCCUUCAGCACAGUCCCCUUCUGCAGGAAGACGGCAAGGAGGGUCAAGAAACAGCAGGCGAAAGGAUGACAAAAGAUCGGGGGAUAAAAAGCUACACUCAUAGGGAUGGUUGUGCUCUACCAGAUGUACAGGAACAAGGUUAGAUGUUUCCUGGGAAGACGAGUUCAGAGGGCUAGAGAUCGACAGUGUGAAGACUUCAGGGUCCAGUCUGCAACUAUCUGCUUCAAACAAACGGUUUUCACGUGAGAGGAGUUGACCCUCCUGACUUGCGCACGAGCAUGAACAACUCACCGCCUGUCGAUGAAAGGACCGGGAGGUUCUGGCCUUCUGACUGCGGUGGACCCGUGGACAAUGAUUCUGCUUCCUGUUUUGUGUGAAACGAUACGUGCCAUCGGUCCACCGGUGUCGCGAGGGCUUUGUUUGAGGAGCACCAUUUGUUGUGAAAACGAUAAAAGACUCCAUCACGACGACACAGGUGGCACAAGAGCUCAAUACACAAGGUGGGUGGAAGGAAUGAAGUCGACACAAUAAGACAACAAAAACAAAAUCUAAUGGAACACUUCUGAUCCAACUUCAACACUCGCCUUAUAGUUUUUUCUUGAAACCAUUGUUGUCAGGAUGUAAAUUGUUUAGGGAUUUUUUUUCUUCCUUUUUAAAAACUUAUACUAACACAAAAGCCGUUUUCUGUAUAUAAAAUUACAAUGUGUACAAUUCUUAAUAAAGCGUACGCGAAGGGUCGAGAACGCAUCGAGGAGACAAACCUUUUCAAGUGCUUUCAAAACGUAUUGAAACGGUUCCACUUUUAAAGAUUUGAGUGUAACUUCACAGGUUCUUGUAUAAUUAACUAUUAGAGCAGGUAUAAUGUUUGUACAUGAAACAAAAAAAGCUGGUUUGAUUUUAACAAAUGAUAUUUCCAGAAAAUCGAAUUUCAGUAAAUCCCAAAGUGGGAAUGGAUCUAAUCCUACAAAAUGCAGCCUUUCAGAGUACUCAUAUUUUCAUGCAUGCAGUUCACAUACAUUUUAAGUACAACUUUUCCAAGUUUGCAAACACCUUAUUCAAAUGACAAAUAAACCCUUUUAUCUGUGUACACAUAUAGCCCAAACAUUUGUCACCGAUUUUAUACUUUAAAGUGAAAAAUCAGAAUCAGAAUCAGAAUCAGUUUUAUUGGCCAAGUAAGUUUGCACAAACAAGGAAUUUGACUAGGUAAAAAAAACAAUACCAUUAAAACAUUGACCAUGUUGGGAUGAGGAUGAAAAAGAGUUUGAUAGCUUCUGGAGGGUGUGAGGUCUUGUCUGUCUUUGUAAAACCGGAGGACAGCUUCUGCUACAAGAACGAAAUAAUCGGAAUGUACUGCUAGUAGGCUGGCUCGCUGUAAAAUUAUAACUGUAUUGUGCGUAUUGGCUAUAAGGUGUAGGAGUCUCUGUACACUGUUAGACUGUUUGUAAUCAUUUUCGCAGUGUGUCAAUUUGGUUUUCUAACGGCUGCUGUGGCAUUAAAGGAAAACUGGGGCAUUUCAUUUUCGAUUUAUUUUUGGUGAAGUAUUUCCUUAAUUUAAAACCUACUCACAUUAAGGUCUCAUAAAGACAUUAUUUGAUUGUAGCUCUGAAUAGCAUAUUGUAUGACAAAAACACUGGAUGGUCAAAAACAAUUAUUUAAGCAUAAAAUAAAUUGUGUUUAACUCUGAAACCGUGUGAUCUUUUUAGGCUUGAGAGUCUGUACAUGCAGUGUGGAAGAUUUUACUUUACAUGACAUUAGGAAUUAUCUUUGUAUUGGUUUUCAUUAGAUGCCCAUGUUGUUCAAGUGUGGUGUCCUACUGGCACAAUGGCUCAGUAUGCUGAUGUCUAUGCUGUGGACAUUACUAUUAUGUGACUUUUCUUUGGGGGGAGGGGCGGGGGGUAAAGGAAGUCAGGUAGUGUGCUGUACCACAUCCCCUUAUACUACUGUGUCAAUCAGGGGGUAGAGGAUCCUUUGAUAUGUGUUUUCACCUGAGAAGAUGUUUUGAUGUACAAUUCUUACUAACAGAGUGAAGCCAUUGCAAUGUAACUAUUCUAGCACUUUGGUUAUUCAAGGUCUUUUAGAGGCUAUAGCAGCAAUGAUGCCACCACAAAUGUUUGAGACGUCUUUAAAAAAAAUACAAAAUACAAAAAUAAAAAUGCAUUGAUUUCGCAAAAAAC